UAAACACAACAGACAACGGAUCUUUACCUACUGUGUUUCCUUCUGUCGUGGUGUUCGGAAUCGUUACAUUGAGGUCCUGACAUGGGGAAGAUCUAUCAUCUCUUAUCGCUGGCCCUACUUGUGGCGGUGAAUGUCUCCCAUGCACGGCACAUCAGUUCCCGUGAAAGAAGUGAUGACGAAGACUUUCGUGUAGAAGAUUUAGUAGGAUUUGGCGCUGGUCGUGGUCACCCAUUUGGAGGUGGUUCUGGUCGGCGGUUCCAGGAUGGAGGUGAAAGUGGAGGUGCUUCUGGAACGUUUGGAAGAGGUCCACCGGGAACCGGUCAUGCAUCUGGAAACCGACAUGGAGACGUGCCAUUACCGCUUAACAGUGAAUCUGGCCGUCCACUUCAGUUUGGAGGUGACAGUGGAGUUGGACUUCCUUUGGGCAAUGGUAAUGUAGGUCUUCCUUCUGGAAAUGGUGGUAGCAGCAGUGGACUUCAGUUUGGAGGUGACAGUGGAGUACAACUUCCUUUGGGAAAUGAUAAUGUAGGUCUUUCUUCUGGAAAUGGUGGUAGCGGCAGUGGCCUUCAGUUUGGAGGUGACAGUGGAGUACAACUUCCUCUGGGAAAUGGUAACGUAGGUCUUUCUUCUGGAAAUGGUGGUAGCAGCAGUGGACUUCAGUUUGGAGGUGACAGUGGAGUACAACUUCCUUUGGGAAAUGAUAAUGUAGGUCUUUCUUCUGGAAAUGGUGGUAGCGGCAGUGGCCUUCAGUUUGGAGGUGACAGUGGAGUUGAACUUCCUCUGGGAAAUGGUAACGUAGGUCUUCCUUCUGGAAAUGGUGGUAGCGGCAGUGGACUUCAGUUUGGAGGUAACAGCGGAGUUGAACUUCCUCUGGGAAAUGGUAACGUAGGUCUUCCUUCUGGAAAUGGUGGUAGCAGCAGUGGCCUUCAGUUUGGAGGUAACAGCGGAGUUGAACUUCCUCUGGGAAAUGGUAACGUAGGUCUUCCUUCUGGAAAUGUGGGUAGCGGCAGUGGCCUUCAGUUUGGAGGUAACAGCGGAGUUGAACUUCCUCUGGGAAAUGGUAACGUAGGUCUUCCUUCUGGAAAUGGUGGCAGCGUCAGUGGCCUUCAGUUUGGAGGUAACAGUGGAGUUGAACUUCCUUUGGGAAGUGGCAACGUAGGUCUUCCUUCUGGAAAUGGUGGUAGCGGCAGUGGACUUCAGUUUGGAGGUAACAGCGGAGUUGAACUUCCUCUGGGAAAUGGUAACGUAGGUCUUCCUUCUGGAAAUGGUGGUAGCGGCAGUGGACUUCAGUUUGGAGGUAACAGCGGAGUUGAACUUCCUCUGGGAAAUGGUAACGUAGGUCUUCCUUCUGGAAAUGGUGGUAGCAGCAGUGGCCUUCAGUUUGGAGGUAACAGCGGAGUUGAACUUCCUCUGGGAAAUGGUAACGUAGGUCUUCCUUCUGGAAAUGGUGGCAGCGUCAGUGGCCUUCAGUUUGGAGGUAACAGUGGAGUUGAACUUCCUUUGGGAAGUGGCAACGUAGGUCUUCCUUCUGGAAAUGGUGGUAGCGGCAGUGGACUUCAGUUUGGAGGUAACAGCGGAGUUGAACUUCCUCUGGGAAAUGGUAACGUAGGUCUUCCUUCUGGAAAUGGUGGUAGCGGCAGUGGCCUUCAGUUUGGAGGUGACAGCGGAGUUGAACUUCCUCUGGGAAAUGGUAACGUAGGUCUUCCUUCUGGAAAUGGUGGUAGCGGCAGUGGCCUUCAGUUUGGAGGUGACAGUGGAGUUGAACUUCCUUUGGGAAGUGGCAACGUAGGUCUUUCCUAUGACAAUUGUGUAUGUAAUCAUCAAUUGGGAAGUGACAGUGUGGUUAGUGUUUGAUGGGGAUGGCGUCAUCGUUCUACUCUGUGAUAGCAGUGGAGUUAGCAUUUGGCAGUAUAAGAGGAACGCACUUCUAGUCAAUAUUAUUGCUACUGCGUAGCAAACAUUCAAUAUUUCAAACGCACAGACACCUAAGAUCUCUAAGGAACUCUCAUUACUUUUUAUUUCAUUUCCAGAAAUAUUUGCAUAGACUCGUGUUACACCCUAGUAUAUAUACAGUAGUUGUCUGCUUCUCAUUCUUGCGGGGUUUUGGUCAGACGACAGCAGCUGUAACUAGGCCUUAAUAUCUCUUCUCUCAGUAUUAUUUGCAUGCGGUUUCUCCCAAGUUUCUUCCUUUUAAAGAUUUUUUUUUAGGUAAUAAAUUCCAUCUUUCGACUACUAAUAUAGUCUUGAACAUAGCAAAUUUUUCGUGAUAUGAUCCAUGUCAUCCUUUCUCUGACAGGAUGCAACACCGAACACUUUACCUGACUGUUAGUAUCAAAGAAGAAUGUUAUAAUGCUCAAGGGUAUAGAUUCAUUUAUUCAUUUGUGCAAUUGAUACUUUGCUAACAACAACGUCAUUAAUUUGCAAUGCAAGUCAUCAUCCAGCUGCCAGUCUGUUGUCGCCCAAACUCAAGAGUUGCCAAUCGCUACAUUACAGACUAGUUUAUCCAGACCCUCAAAAGUAAACAAACAAAUCAAUCAAUCUAUUACUUAAUAAGAAACAAAUAAAUAGAUAAAUAGAAUUGCUUUAAAUAAUAACGUAUCAGUCUAACUUCUAACCUCAGUUAAACUGCAAUAGAUCACUUGCAUUGCAACUGAAUUUUUUUUGCAAGAACUGCAAUAGAUCACUUGCAUUGCAACUGAUUUCUUAAUUUUUUAUUUAUUUAUUUUUUUCUUUGCAAAUGUGACCACGAAGGCUUAUUACUUUAAACAUUUACAUCCAUUGACAACUAUAUCAACAGGUUUUCUACAAUAAUAACUAUAUAUAUAUUUAUUGUAGUAUGACUAAGCAACACGAAAAUAAACAGAAAUCUAUACCUCUGGGUGUUUUUAUUUUUUACCUUGUCAAGAUAUACAAUGAAAACCGUUCGUGCCAAUGCAUAUCAAUAAAGACACAAAGUCUGUGAAAAGUGUCCACCGAUGAUCAAGUAAUCAUCGUUAUUUCUAUUAUUAUCAUUAUCAUUUUCGUUACAAACAUCAUUAUCAUCGCCACUGGGAGAGCUGUUAGGGCGUAAACAGGUCUCGUAUGAAUGAGAAUAGAAUGAUAACAUAUACGAUCCAGUUUCCUUAUCAGAAUCGUAUUUUGUCGAAGGUGGUCACCUCUAGGUGUUCAGUAAUACAUAAUAUACUCGCAAGAAAUCAUCUGGUGUGACGGGUUGAGGAGAGAGGCCAGUCACUAAGUGAACACCCCAGGAUAAGUUCAGCUAACGAAAGUAAUAUUACAAAGCGAUAGAACGUCUUGGUAUACCUCAGGUUAACCCGAAUAGUAUACAGUGGAGGGGAUACAUUCCUUUUGCAAAGCAGGAUUUAGAGGCAGACAAGAAGGACCACGUAAUGCAGUCAUAAUUGAGGCCAAGAAGAUAUCUACCAAAGCAAAGGGAUGUCAUAGAGUGUUGAGUUUGAAAAAUAGUUGUUCAAGGAAGCGAUAACCACAGCGCCAAUGAGGAGAAUGACUUCGUGCUAAAUGACAGAAAAGUUUAUAACUCACAUGUUUCUCGUACAAAUAUUAUCAGUAUCACUUUACACAGAUUUUAGAUUCUAUAAGGAGACGAUCUCGCUCGGAAAUAAAGAGUAAAACCAAACAUCCUCUUUGAGAUUUUACCCUGUGACCUGAGAUAUGUAUACCUCAACAUAAUAACCUCUGCUGCUGAGUGGAUAUGAUUGGUCUAGUAAAUUAUAGACCAGCGCUUCAAAUACCCCAAAGAGGAGACUUGCCUUUAUUGAUAAUAAUAAUAUUUAACACUCCGAAGGACGAUCGCGAUAUCUAGAAUCUAUUUAUUUUAUUUUCUUGUGUAUUUAAUCUUAGUAGAUUGUUAGUAAUGCGCUUAAAACUCCUGGAGCUUUACAGCAACUGCUGUCCCCUUUGCAGAACGAGACUGAAUCAAAAGGUCACAGGGACAGAUUAACCUAAAUCAGGUUCCAGCUGGAUCCUUGGGCUACAUGACUGGUCAUUCUGGUUUGAUGUAGUUACGCUGCUCAUCUGCUAUGCAAGGGGCGUUAA